AUGCGCCUUUUUUUGCUCUUCUCCGCCGUCCUCGCUCUCCUCACUCUCGCCGACGCCGACAUAGCCCGGUGGUGCGCCAAAACCCCCUUUCCGGCCCCCUGCAACUACCACCUCCCCCACCCCCCAAAAGACCACCAUGAGUUCUACGACCUCCUACUCCAAGCCACCCUCGCCCGAGCCACCCGCGCCCAGAGCCACCUCGCGCUUCUGGGCCCGUCAUGCCGCGACGCGCCCGAGCGCGCCGGAUGGCUCGACUGCUGGAAACUAUACGGCAACACCGUCGUGCAGCUAAACCGCACCCUCCGCGGAUCCGUCAGCGCCGUCGACGGACAAACCUGGCUCAGUGCCGCGCUUACCAACACCCAGACCUGCCGCAGAGGAUUUGCGGAUCUCAAAGCCUCGUCGAAGAUCAUCCAGCCCGUCUUGCGUUACAACGUCUCCGAGCUCAUCAGCAACUGCCUCGCCGUAAAUAAUUCCUCCUACAAUGCCUUUAGGGUAUCCAUUAAGAAGAAUUUUCUUGAGCAGCUCACAGUACCCAAGCGGGCGGAUAUGGUGGUGGCGCGGGAUGGAUCGGGCGGAUAUGGCAGCAUCAAAGCCGCCGUCGAUGCUGCCACUCGCCGCCGGCUGAAAGGGUUCAGAAGGCGAAUCAUGAUAUACGUUAAAGCUGGUGUGUACGACGAGAUCAUCACUGUGAAGAGUGCUUUGUACGAUCUCACCCUCAUUGGUGAUGGCAUCGGGAAAACAGUCAUCACCGGAAGCCGUAGCGUUGCCGGAGGUUACACUACUUUCAGCUCGGCAACGUUCAGCGUCUUCGGCGACGGUUUCAUAGCACGCCGGCUUACGUUCCGUAACACGUUUGGCCCGGGCUCUCAGGCGGUGGCGCUAUUGUCCGGGUCGGACCGGUCCGUAUUCUACAGAUGCAGCAUGGAGGGCUACCAAGACACACUCAGCGUCUACACGCAGCGCCAAUUCUACCGCGAAUGCGACAUCUACGGCACCAUCGACUUCAUCUUCGGCAACGCGGCCGUCGUCAUCCAAAGAUCCAGCAUCAUCCUCCGAAAGCCUCUUUCCGGCGAGUCCAACGUCAUAACGGCGCAGGGCCGAAGCGACCCGCUCCAGAACACCGGCAUCGUGAUUCAAGCGAGCAGGAUUCGGGCCGGGCCGGACCUUCGGACUGCGGGUCGGAGAGUGCAUUCAUAUCUCGGCAGGCCAUGGCAGCUCCACUCGAGGACUUUGUACCUGCAGAACUACAUGGGGAGCGUGAUUGAUCCAGCAGGGUGGAUGGAGUUCAACGGCCGGUUUGCGCUGGACACGCUGUACUAUGCGGAGUACAAGAACACGGGGCCGGGGUCGACGCUGCUGAAGAGAGUGAACUGGAAGGGGCUUCAUGAGUUCCGGAGCGCGUCGCAGGUGAGUGAGUUCACGGUGGGAAAUUUCAUCGGCGGAGGGAAGUGGAUACCGCCGACGGGAGUACCGUUUGAUUUGGGAUUUUGA